AUGGUACACACCAGUGACCCGCUGCGACCUGGCGUCUCUCGAAGAGGCUUUGGAAAACAUGGGUUCAGUUGCCUGGCGGCGCAGACCCAGCGCAUUAAACUGAACCGGCUGGAUCUGGACGCUUUCAGCAGGAUUCCAGCAUGCCCAAAUGACGGUUUUUUCGUUUUACUCCUCUCAUGCAUGGCUGACUUUGGCUUCGAAUUUGCGUCAUUUCGUGCUCUCUCGAAUUCGGCCUUUGACUCUGUCCUCCGACGUGCUGACGAUGGUGCCGAACUCUGCGUGCCCUCUUGUCAUGUUCUACGCCUGUGCCUGCCUACCUACCGAGCCUUCGGCAAGUUAGGUAGGGGCACCCCGACCUCGACGUCUUUCAGCCAUCAGCGCUCGCUAUUCACUCCGGUCUGGCACUGA